UCAGGUCAUCCAUCGGAGAGAGAGAGCAGUCAGGUCCUCUAUCUGAGAGAGAGCAGUCAGGUCCUCUAUCGGAGAGAGAGAGCAGUCAGGUCCUGUAUCGGAGAGAGAGUAGUCAUGUCCUGUAUCGGAGAGAGAGAGAGCAGUCAGGUCCUCCAUCGGAGAGAGAGAGCAGUCAGGUCCUCUAUCGGAGAGAGCAGUCAGGUCCUCUAUCGGAGAGAGCAGUCAGGUCCUCUAUCGGAGAGAGUGAGCAGUCAGGUCCUGUAUCGGAGAGAGAGCAGUCAGGUCCUGUAUCGGAGAGAGAGCAGUCAGGUCCUCUAUCGGAGAGAGCAGUCAGGUCCUGUAUCGGAGAGAGAGAGCAGUCAGGUCUUCUAUCGGAGAGAGAGCAGUCAGGUCCUGUAUCGGAGAGAGAGCAGUCAGGUCCUGUAUCUGAGAGAGAGCACUCAGGUCCUCUAUCGGAGAGAGCAGUCAGGUCCUGUAUCGGAGAGAGCAGUGAGGUCCACUAUCGGAUAGAGAGCAGUCAGGUUCUCUAUCGGAGAGAGAGAGCAGUCAGGUCCUGUAUCGGAGAGAGCAGUCAGGUCCUCUUAUCGGAUAGAGAGCAGUCAGGUUCUCUAUCGGAGAGAGAGAGCAGUCAGGUCCUCUGUCAGAGAGAGAGGGAAGUCAUGUCCUCUAUCGGAGAGAGAGAGAAGUCAUGUCCUCUAUCAGAGACAGCAGUCAGGUCCUGUAUCGGAGAGAGAGCAGUCAGGUCCUGUAUCGGAGAGAGAGCAGUCAGGUCCUGUAUCGGAGUGAGAGCAGUCAGGUCCUGUAUCGGAGAGAGAGCAGUCUGGUCUUGUAUCGGAGAGAGAGCAGUCAGGUCCUCUAUCGGAGAGAGAGAGAAGUCAUGUCCUCUAUCGGAGACAGCAGUCAGGUCCUCUAUCGGAGAGAGAGCAGUCAGGUCCUGUAUCGGAGAGAGAGCACUCAGGUCCUCUAUCGGAGAGAGAGCAGUCUGGUCUUGUAUCGGAGAGAGAGCAGUCAGGUCCUCUAUCGGAGAGAGAGCAGUCAGGUCCUGUAUCGGAGAGAGAGCAGUCAGGUCCUGUAUCGGAGAGAGAGAGCAGUCAGAUCCUCUAUCGGAGAGAGAGAGCACAGGUCCUGUAUCGGAGAGAGAGAGCAGUCAGGUCCUCCAUCGGAGAGAGAGAGCAGUCAGGUCCUCUAUCGGAGAGAGAGAGCUGUCAGGUCCUCUGUCGGAGAGAGAGAGCAGUCAGGUCCUCUAUCGGAGAGAGCAGUCAGGUCCACUAUCGGAGAGAGCAGUCAGGUCCUCUAUCGGAGAGAGAGCAGUCAGGUCCUGUAUCGGAGAGAGAGAGCAGACAGGUCCUCUAUCAGAGAGAGAGCAGUCAGGUCCUCUGUCGGAGAGAGAGAGCAGUCAGGUCCUGUAUCGGAGAAAGAGCAGUCAGGUCCUGUAUCGGAGAGAGAGCAGUCAGGUCCUCUAUCGGAGAGAGAGAGCAGUCAGGUCCUGUAUCGGAGAGAGAGAGCAGUCAGGUCCUGAAUCGGAGAGAGAGCAGUCAGGUCCUGUAUCGGAGAGAGAGCAGUCAGGUCCUGUAUCAGAGAGAGCAGUCAGGUCCUCUAUCGGAGAGAGAGAGCAGUCAGGUCCUGUAUCGGAGAGAGAGAGCAGUCAGGUCCUCAGUUGGUGAGAGAGCAGUCAGGUCCUCUGUCGGAGAGAGAGCAGUCAAGUCCUGUAUCGGAGAGAGAGAGCCGUCAGGUCCUGUAUCGGAGAGAGAGCAGUCAGGUCCUUAGUCGGAAGAGCAGUCAGGUCCUGUAUCGGAGAGAGA